AUGCCAAUCCCCAUUUGUGGCACCAAAAAUAUAUUAGCUCCUCCUUUGCCAUCUGGUCUCGAUUCCAGAUUUCAUUUGCCACUGUCAUACAGAUACCCUACAGUUACAGGCACCCAAUCGCCAUUCGGCUUUCGAGCUUCAGAUUCUAGUCGGAGCUCCUCAUCUUUUCUCGAAUUUGCAGCUAUGGAGAACGGUGGUAGCCCAAGUUUAUUUCCUUAUCACCGCUGCAAAACAAUUCACCUGGUGAGGCAUGCUCAAGGGACCCACAAUGUAGAAGGAGAUAAGAACUACAAAACAUAUAUGUCUCCUGAAUAUUUUGAUGCAAAUCUUACCCAACUGGGCUGGCAACAGGUUGAUAAUUUGCGUAAACAUGUUCAUGAAAGUGGGCUUCUCAAAAAGAUUGAAUUGGUUGUGACAUCUCCUUUACUAAGGACUAUGCAAACAGCUGUUGGGGUAUUUGGUGGUGGUGACUAUACAGAUAGGUUGGAUAUACUACCACUGAUGGUGGCAAAUGCUGGAAAUAGUGAGCGUGCUGCAAUUUCAAGUCUUAAUUGCCCACUUAUCCUAGCAGUGGAACUAUGCCGCGAGCAUUUGGGUAUUCAUCCUUGUGACAAGAGGAGAAGCAUCAGUGAAUAUCAAUGUCUUUUUCCUGCAAUUGAUUUUUCACUGAUAGAGAAUGAUGAGGAUGCUUUAUGGAAGGCUGAUGUCAGAGAGACUAAGGAGGAACUUGCAGCUAGAGGAAUGAACUUUAUGAUAUGGUUAUUAUCAAGGAAAGAGAAGGAGAUUGCUGUAGUUACACACAGUGGAUUCCUGUAUCAUACACUUGCUGCAUUUGGCAAUGACUGCCAUCCCCUGGUGAAGCAAGAAAUAUCCAAGCAUUUUGCCAACUGUGAGCUCCGUUCACUGAUCAUUGUGGAUAAAAGCAUGAUGGGGUUGGAUAUCCCAGCAACAAAUUAUCCGGGAAACAUCCCAUCUGGCCGAGAUUUGCCUAGUGAUGUUGCGGAUGAGAAGAAUCAGGAGAAAGAAAGGCACAAGUGA